CUCACAAGAACGUAUAUUGGGAGGUUAAAGUUUGUUUGCGGCAUUUUUGGGGUGACGCAUCUCGCCAGUUCUCCAACAACUUUACGCGGCGCUCUGGACCUGUGACGUUUGCAGCAUCUCAACAGUAUGAGAUACUAAACACUUUGUUGAGGCAGAGCCUUUUCUUUCUGGCACCUCGCAAGCUUCUUACAUUUAUCCGUUUUCUGUGAAUCAUGAGGGCGGAACUCGCCGCGUCAGCCCCACCUUAGCUUUAAGACACAACCACUACGCACACAUGAUCCACGUUAUAUAACAAGAUGCGGUAGGUUCACGAUGACACUGUGCCGUCGCUUUUCCUGGAGUAUCCUCUACGUCUUCCUCACCGCCCAUUUUUUCCUUUUUGUUCCUUCCGCAUUUCUGGCUGAAGGUGUGCGCAAGCCUAGCUGCUGGAGUCGUCAGGCUUCCCCGGGGGGUUAUCUCUCGCUCGCAGCGAUCGAUGGGGCUGGUGACUUUGCAUUUUCUCGGGCUCGUUUUGCGUCAACACGGUCAGAGACCCGCAGAAAGCCCCGAUGGAAGUUGGCAAACAAGACGAAUCCUUACGAUACAGCAAGACACAAAUGGCAUACAUGGACAAGUCCGUCUGGAGCCUACGCGGAGUCUGGAUCGGGGGUGUCUCGCCUAGCGGAAGGUUGCGCCGGGUCUGCUUCUCUGUGUUCCUUCGUUUUAUGCGAAGAAAACAUCGAGAAAUCUGCCCAGGAGAGGGACGGUUUGUCUUGUGAAUCGCUGAAGUCUUCCAAGGAACGGCAAAAAGUCUCCCGAUACUGGCAGCAACCACGGGCGCAGGGUCCGAAGUGUAGGCCACCCGGAAACAGAACCCGAGGGAACAUUUGCCAUGGCUGGGUCGCCCGAAUUCGCGGUGAGGCUGGCCUCGAUUAUUCCCUUUGUUUCAACUCGAUACUGCCGACUUCGUCCUUUCUUUUUCUGCCCGCUCCCGUCUUCUCGAAAACCAGAGGACACCAUCAGCGUCAACCACAGGCGUCUCGCACUGUCCGUGUCAACAGCGUUCAGCCUAUUGUUACAGAGGAAGGGAAAGCGUGUGACUCAUCUUUGCUUCCAGUCCAAAGUAAAAACUGCGACAAACGUGCCUCUUCAUUGACUCAGGUUUCACUUGGUUCUACUGCCUCCUGGACCAUUCCCAGCACUGACACCGCCGGUGCAUUCCCUCCCUCUCGGAUCCCCGUGGUCGCCUAUCAGACUUGUUUAGAGAAACGAAUCGCGAGGGGAAAGUAUCCUCUGAAUGGGGUCCGCCGCGAAAUCUGUCGGCCUGCAACGCUCCUGCGUUCCAGCUCGCCAUGCGCGCGUGACAGGCCGGAGCAACAAAAGUGGAAGGAACGUUCGGCCACUGGACUGCCGCGUGCGUUCCCGCACCACAUCUGGGAGAGGUGUCUGUACACCUGGUGGGAAGCGACGCUCGGUGUCUUCGACGCCGACAAGGCGGCCGCCUCUGUGCUGGCCGACAGAACCGUUCCGUCUCGUCCACUUUUGGCGGGCCGUCGCGACGAGAAAGCAAAUGCGCCUCUUUCAGCGCGUCGCGAAAAUGCCUCCGUCUGGACUUCGGCCAAACUCGAAGACCCGGGGAGAUGCACGCUUCCGCCGACCGCGAAUCGGGUAGACCAUUGUGACUGCGAGAUGCUUCGCAGGCGUCAUCCCGGCAACUGGAACGCGUCAGUCGACUCCGAAACGCCGCGUGGGCCUUUGCCUUCAGGCAGCGACCUGAAGGACGCAGAGAGGAGCAGAGGCCGCGAACAGAUGAGACAGAGCGCGGAAGAAUGGAGCGUGUCAUCGAGACGGGAGGCGGACGAACCAAGUGGCUGCUCUGGAGUCUGGACAUCACAACAAUCAGGAAACGACGAAGAUGGAGAACCUCCUACGCGCUUCCGCUUGCUCAUGCCGCCUCCCAACCUCACAGGUCCUCUGCACCUCGGUCACGCGGCGAGCCUCGCCCUCCAGGAGCUUCUUGUGAGGCACAAGCGCAUGCUGCUUCUCCCCGGCGGUUCCAGAGGAGCUGGAGAUAUCCUCGACAGAGCAAACGCUUGUGGAGGCGAAGCGGAAGAAGCUCAGGAUCGGGGGGAAAAUAGCGACAGCAGAGAGCAAGAGGCGAGGUCUGUUACAGAGGCGACAGAAAAGAGGCAGGCCGGCAAUCUGGAAACAGACGAAAGCAAGUUUCCGUCCCCCCACAAGACCCAAAUCGGCACUUGUUUCGAACAGACGAAAGCCGAACCUUUCCGACCGGCUGGGCCCGGGAGCAAGGAUUGCGAUGGAGAGAGAGGGAAACAAAUCGAGAACGACGCAGACCUACGCGGCAAAAACAGAAGAUGCAGGACAGGCAACGGUCUCUUGACAGCUUGCCGUACCGAGUGGAUCCCCGGCACGGACCACGCAGGGCUUGCCAUGACAUGGCUCCUGCGGCGUCACGAGGUCCGCAUCCGCGAGCGAAGAAAACAAAGCAAAGACGAACUUGGGCGGGCAGACGGGGAGAGAAAACAGCACGAAUCUGCCCUGCUCAGCCGCUGGGUGUCGAUAUGCCGAUACGUGAUUGAGCGCCAGCAGCGAAGGCUGGGGUGUUCGUGCGACUGGUCACGGAGAGUAUAUACACUCGAUGGGCCCUACUGCGACCUCGUGACUCGCGCCUUUGUCCAACUGUUCCGACAAAAGUAUAUCCGAAAAGGGACCUACUUGACUUUGUGGGACUGCGGCGCUCAGACAGCGCUGGCCGACUUCGAGGUUUUCUUCCCUUCUCUGGACGACCUUCGCCAAGCAGAGAAGAACGUCCUAGAGGGCAUGCAGGCGCGGGGCAGCACCGUUUCUCGCGAGCAAACGCCGCAUGCAGUGUUGAAUGAAGACGGUGUCAGAGGGGUGGAGGCGAAGGAGCGAAGUUUGGAAGCCGCGCCGGGAGCUACAGACAGCUGCCGGGACAUCUCGGGAGGCCUGAGAGAGGCGCGCCUCGUUGACACUCCCGGGCGCGAGACGCAGGAGGAGACAGGUGACCAGGCGACGCCCGACGGGGAGGGUAGAAGAUUCUAUUUUCUCUCCUGCCGGAUUUUGCCAGUCUCGUCGAAAAACAGGUCAUCGUCCAGCCCUCAGGAAACGGUGGUGGAGUUCGCGCCUUCGAAAGGACAGGCGCAGGAAGCGCUUCCAGAGAACACGGAGGGUGAACGAAACGAAGUCGAUGGGGACGGACGAAGAGAACAAGACGGGGAGACGGCGAGAAGCGAUAUCCGCGUCGCGAUCUGUCUCGAGGAUCCGCGACAGCUCACGCAGAUCGCCGCCAUCUGCGUCAAACCCCAGACGUUUCGUCGGAUCUGCUCUCCAAGUGAGAAAUCGAGUGCGUCGCAGGUUUCUGCCACAUCGUUCCAUUCGUCUACCUUUCCACUCGCUUGUUUCUCUUCCUGGGAAGUUGAACUCCCAGGGGUGAAGCGAUCGGUGCCGCUCCUCGUCCACGACGGCGAGCAUCUUCAUCCUCUUGCCUGCGCAGCCGGAACCCGGCUUCGCCAACUUCGAGGUCUCCAUUCUUCUUCUCCUUCUGCCGCUUCUCCCUCUUCUCGCUCUUCAGCUGUGUCUCCGAAUCGCCCUGGAAAUCGAGUCGACAGUGAAUGCCGUCUCUCCUCCUCAGAAGGCCCUGCUCGCGCUCUCGACUCGCUGGAGCAAGAGCCGCGAGCAGCCGCGAGAGCCGAGCUGCUUCAAGCGGCGAAGGGACCAGGGACCGGCAGCAAAGGAACGCCGCGAGACAGCGAAAGAGAGGCGGCCCUGCAGACGAAUUUUGUGGGGUUGGCGGUCUUUUCUGAAACGGAGACAUGCACGCCUUCUCUACCCUUGAGUCGCGGGCCAAAAGGGACACAAUUGCAAGUGUCUCCAGUGGGGGUAUCGGGAGAGGACGCGGAGGAUCCUCUAGGCGCCCCCGCCCCGGAGUCCCCCGCCUUCUCGACUGCACGCGCCUCGUCGUCAGCGCCUCGACAGCCUACAGGAGUUUUUGCUCAAGAGAGAAAGUCGUUGUGGGAGGCGAUUGCGCGGGAGGGGAGUUCUCUCGGGGUUUGGGAAGAGCACACAGGAGCAAACGAGGGCGCGGCCGCGAGCAACUCCGCCGCUUUGCCUGGCCAGUGGCCAAGGUGGAUCUCGACUCGAACAGGCGCCGAGGUGCAGCUGCGCCUUUCCUCCCAGUGGCUUCUGGACCUCCCGGCUCUGGCUCGAGAAGCCCAGAAGGUGACGAAGAAGCCGCAAAGGACCUUCAGUCUCCAAGGUAUCUCCGGCAGAGAGCACAGCAGAGAGGCCGGGAUUGCCACGACGGAAACAAUACGCGGGGGCCAGGCGGCGAGUCCGUCCCAGAGGAGGCCCAGCACCUUCGCUUCCGGGAGAAUUCCUCCUCCGGUUUUCGAACAGGAGACGCGUGACUCCUGCGACUCUCCUUUGAAAAACGACUCCCCUGAAAGUUCGGACAGAGGCGCGGGAGACGCCUUUAAGGGCAGCCAGUUCCGCGCUUCAGAGGCUUCACUGGAGAAAGCCUGUUGGCCGCGAUGCUUCCCAGGCGAAAGAGGCAACCGCCCGACAGGACGGACGAACGAAGAAGAAGAGAGAGUCGCAAAAGAACGAGAAGGGGAGAACUCGGCAGGUCUUCAACUUCUGCCUGGACGUUUCGAGCGACAGUGGAAUCGGAUGGCGAGAGGAGACGGUGGCCUGCGACCUUGGUGUCUGUCUAGACAGCUCACGUGGGGUGUUCCGCUUCCUGUCUGGCGCGUGAGGUUCUCGGGCCGAGCUCGACAGAAAGAGGGAGAAAAGGGAGACGAGGAGGAUGCUUGUGAAUGGGAUGAAGUUGCAGCGUCUGAAGAAGAAAUGUGGAUCUCGGUCGAGGCGAAUCUCACUUCGCGUCUCCAAGACUUCGGUUUCGACCGCCCGAAGGAACGCGCGACAGCGAUUCUGCGACGGGCGCGCAUGCAAGGCACCUCGGAAGCAGAGAAAGAACGAAACGUUCGAGAUGGCAACUCGCAGAACGAGGUACGCCGAGAGACAGAGAGACUCUCCGAGCCGGAGCUUCAGCUGACAGUCACGAAAUCCAGAGACGUCUUGGACACCUGGUUCUCCAGUGCUCUUUGGCCUCUCGCAUGCAGCCAGGUGGCUGAAGAAGACCCUCGAAGAGAAGCAAAGAACGCACACACAGACGCAGGGCCUUCAUCCUCUCCCUGUUUUCUGCCGCCGGCCUCGUCCCCUACUUCGCUUCCCGCCUCUUCUUCUUCCUCUUCUUCCUCUCCUUCUUCCUCUCCUUCUUCCUCUUCGUCGUCUUCUUCUUCCUCUCCUUCCUCUUCUUCUCUCUCCGCUUCUGGAAUCUCUCCUUGUUGGCGUCUCCCGCAGACGGAGCUUGUCACGGGAGAAGACAUUUUGUUUUUCUGGGUUGUUCGCCAGUUCGUGCUUUGCGCCGCAUUGACGCAGCAGGCGCCUUUCUCUCGCGUCACGCUUCAUGGCUUGCUGGUGGACAGAGAAGGCAAGAAGUUGAGCAAAACGAAGGGGAACGUCGAGCGCGGGUACCUAGAUCGGCUUAUAGACGAAGCAGGCGCAGACGCGUUGCGGUGGACAUUCUUGAGCGGCAUGUCUCCCGGCGCCUCCGUCGCUUUCGAUGAGGGCGCGCUGGCGUCUUCUCGUCGUUUUCUCCAUAAACUGUGGCAUGCCGGCAGAUUCAUCGAACGGUUCGCCUCGCAGUUUCCGCCGCCUGCGCCUUCGCUUCGAGCCGAGAGAGAGGAGACAACAGACACCAGCGAGAAGGAGAGAGAGGAGAAAGAGUUUGAAUCUUCGAGUCCGACGAGCAUGAAGAACAACGGGGAAGAGUUCCCCUGUCCACAAGGAGUCUCCAGGAAGAGUGUGUUGAAGCGCCGCUGCGAAGUCGAGAUAGACAGAUUAUCUGGAGGCGCGAGCGCCAGCGGAGACGAAUACAGAAGAAACGAACUGUCGCCACUUGUUGCACGCUAUUACUGGAGCCGCUCCCUCCAAGUGGCGAAGGAGGUCACGGAGCUUCUGAAGAAGAUGGAGGCCGGCGCGGCGGCUCACGCCCUGCAGAACUUUUUCUGGUGUGACGCGGCUGCCUGGCUCCUCCCUGCCGCCGCAGCCGUUCGCGCGGAGGCCGCGAGCGCCGGUCUCUCUGGCACCGGGAAGGAAGGCGAGAGAGAACACAGAAAGGGAGAAGAUGCAGGCGGGAGGCGACCACGAGAAGGGGAGCGCGCAGAAGCAGGGUCGAGAGAAGACGGAGAUGGCGAAGAAAAAGAAAACGAAGAAGGAGAAAACGAGGAAGGAGAAUGGGAAGAAGAAACAAAGGGAGAAGGAGCAGAAGAAAACGAAGAAGGAAAGAAAGGUGACAAACAAGAGGCUGUUGUGGGAGGAGCUGAGGAGGUGGGCGCGAGUGGGCAUUCGACAAGAAGGAAGUCGUUUUUUUUGGAAGGCCGAAGAACCCACUGGACAGAGUUGGAGAGAAAGUGUAGACCUGCAGCUGAGGACCAACUGGGAUUGUGGAGCGACUUGCUGCUCUCCGUCUUUGACGUGACUCUACGCCUGCUUCACCCUUUCGUUCCAUUCAUCACUGAGGCACUCUUCCAGUCUGUGAUAGUCCCGUUUAGACUCCCCAAAGACGACAGAACCUCAAAUGCCUCUGCUUCUUCCUCCUCUGCUUCUUCUUCCUCCUCUACGCCUUCGUGUUCCUCGGCUUCUUUCGCGUCUUUUCCAGACGCAUUUGCCUCUUCUUCUCGCGCUUUGAUGGCGUCUCGGUGGCCGCUGCAUGCGUCGGAAACGCCUGACUUGGACACAGAGGCCCUGCGACUCUUCCCCGUCUUGCAGGGAGCCGUCCGGCGCCUGCGUCGAGCUCUUAAGGAGGCGCCGGCGAUCCUGCCGAAGACGCGGAGACAGGAAGGCGGCACGGAGACAGAGAGAUUCGGAGCGAAGGCGGAAGCGCGCGAGAAGGGAGGGAACGAAGCAGGACCCGGAGUGGUGGAGAGUGACAGGCGCAUGCAGGCAGCGGCAGACACGGCCUGUGGAGACGAAGAAAUCGACGAAGCAGAGAGGGAAGGGAAGGGGGAGGGAACGCGCGGCACUGAGGGCUACUUGGGCAGAGACAGCGAGGCAGGACAGAGAACAGGAAGAAGAGGACAUGCAGCGACAGCACGAGUGCCCGCAGGAGCGCCAGCGAAGGGAGAUGAGGGAGAAGAAGAGAGGAGGAAAGACGAAGUCGAGGAGGAAGAAAGGAGAGCAGAUGCUGCCGACAGGAAAGCGAGGCCAACCGACAAGUCCAUGCAUGUUGAGAUACGGGUGAAAAACGGAACACUCUUCACCCUUUUGAAGCGCGAGCGUUUCUUCGUCGCGGCUUGGGCAGGUCUCGACCCUGUUGCGUUGUCUGUCGUUUACGAACCUCGCUCGAGUGGAAGCCGCGCGACAAGUCGAAGGAGAAGCGAAGAACUCGCAGAGACUGGGAGAAGCGAGAAGAACACCGAGACGACGGAAGAACUCGAGAAAUCGGACGAGGCGGACGAGCUCGAGGCAAGCGUCCGAGAGAUGGAGAUUGUGAUAUCGCAUGCUUCGCCGUCGGCGUCUGAUUCUCAUCUGUCAUCACCUGCCUCCGAAACGCUUCGCGGGGAAUCCGGAGCGAGUCGAGACGUGGACGCGCGGAAAGUGCAAGCAGGAGCUAAGGUGGAGAAAGUUGGGGGGAGAGAAGAGAAGGAUGGAGUGCCUUCAGAUGAAUUUCCAGAUGCAGAUGCUCGACAGGAAGCCCAGCAAGGAGGGGAAGGAGAUAUGGCAGGGAGCAGAAGAGCCGCACAUCACGGAGGGAAGAGACAGAGGUUGCGGAGACAAAUCGAGGAGUUGGAGGCGCGUCUCGCCGUUCCAGAGUUUUCUGUGAGGGCUCCGCGAGAAGUUCAAAGGAAACUGCUUGCGCGGCUGGAACGAACGAGACACGAACUCGCCGAGAUAGAAAAGUGAUGAAGCAGAAGGCGUCACGGACGAAAGCGCGAAAGGCGAGACUGCGAGAAGGAGGAAAAGAAAGCGAGAAGACUUAGAAAAAACGAAGAAAGAAGAGAGAAGAAACAAAGGGCAUGAACGAGAGGAGGCGAGAAGGACAAGAGGGAGAUGAGGAAUCUGGCUUUCGGCAAGAGAACAACAGAGGACGCGUUUUUUGGGGUUAACGAAGAAAAUCCAAAUUCAGAAGAAGAAACGAAUGUCUCGAGUGCGUCGUUCUCUGACUGGCCUUUGGACUGCACCUGCAUCAUCAGGCUUUGCCAAGAGUUGCUGUGUUUUCCUUCUCAUCUGGGAACAGGUCUGCAAGUUUCUCUUUUGAAUUUGAUUCACUACAGGGGGGUGCCUGAGAAUUCGAACAGGAUCCCCGAGAAAAAAAAUGCGAGAAUGUUGAUACGCGGAAACCUUUCCUCUGCUUCCUGCGGUGACCGAUCGGGGCUUCCAAUGUGAGAAUGCGACCAGAACGCCGACUUUGUAUCAACAUGCUUCUUCCUUCCAAGCAGGUGCUUGCCGACCCGCUUGUCCAUGCUCUGUCCUUCUGCCAACAGUUGUCUCUCGCCUUGACUUCUGUUCCUUCUCAUUUGUCUUUCCAUUUUGUUUUGAACGAGGGGCGUUUGCGCCUCGUCUGUCUCGCGCAUUCCCCUCUAGCCUGCUAAAGCGCGGCAGACUGGACCUUACCUGAAGAAAUAUGUAAAAGCAACUACGCCUGUCGCUAGAUCGAUACACACCGAGUUACGCAUGCACUCGAUGCAAGGAUAUCCACACUCACACAAGUGCAUGGACAUUCUCG